AUGUCUCAUCGACAAAACCAAAGCCAAAACCAACAGCCUCUGUUAGAAGACCAACAGGACGAAAGUGCAUACGAUUCAUCCGACAAAAUCGUCAUUAUCGGAGAAGACGAAUCCGAAACCGACAUCGACAACGGAGUUCGAGUUCCGCCUUUUUCAUGGAAGAAGCUCUGGUUAUUCAGCGGUCCUGGUUUUCUAAUGAGUAUAGCUUUUCUGGAUCCUGGAAACUUGGAGGGAGAUCUUCAAUCCGGUGCGAUUGCAGGUUACUCGUUGUUGUGGUUGCUUAUGUGGGCUACGGCUAUGGGGCUUCUUAUUCAACUUUUGUCGGCGAGGUUGGGUGUUGCUACCGGGAGACAUUUGGCGGAGCUUUGUAGAGAGGAGUAUCCUACUUGGGCUAGGAUUGUUCUUUGGUUGAUGACUGAAGUUGCGCUUAUUGGUUCUGAUAUUCAAGAGGUUAUUGGAAGUGCUAUUGCUAUUAGGAUUUUGAGUAAUGCCACUGUUCCUCUUUGGGCUGGUGUUGUUAUUACUGCUUUAGAUUGUUUUAUUUUCCUCUUUCUUGAGAACUAUGGUGUGAGGAAAUUGGAGGCAUUUUUUGCUGUUCUGAUUGCUGUUAUGGCUCUUUCGUUUGCAUGGAUGUUUGGUAAAACAAAGCCAGAUGGCCUCGAUGUUCUUGUUGGUAUUUUGGUUCCUAAACUUAGCUCCAGAACUAUUCAACAAGCUGUUGGAGUAGUUGGUUGCAUUAUCAUGCCUCACAACGUGUUCUUGCAUUCUGCACUUGUUCAAUCAAGACAGGUUGACCCGAAAAAGAAAGGCCGUGUUCAAGAAGCUCUUAAAUACUACUCGAUAGAGUCCACCAUUGCGCUUUUUGUGUCCUUUGUCAUUAAUAUAUUUGUCACAACUGUGUUUGCUAAGGGCUUUUACGGUACUGAAAUAGCCAAUAGGAUCGGUCUCGUAAAUGCCGGACAGUAUCUUCAGGAGAAGUAUGGAGGUGGAGCAUUCCCAAUCCUUUAUAUAUGGGCUAUCGGGUUAUUAGCAGCCGGUCAAAGUAGCACGAUUACUGGUACAUAUGCUGGGCAAUUCAUCAUGGGUGGUUUUCUGAAUUUGAAGUUGAAAAAAUGGAUGCGGGCUUUGAUUACGCGGAGUUUUGCAAUCGUUCCAACCAUGAUAGUUGCUCUUAUAUUUGACACCUCAGAAGAAUCAUUAGAUGUUCUAAAUGAAUGGCUUAAUGUUCUUCAGUCGGUACAGAUCCCCUUCGCAUUGAUUCCGUUGCUUUGUUUGGUGUCGAAGGAACAGAUAAUGGGCACUUUCAAGAUCGGCUCUGUCCUCAAGACUAUUUCCUGGCUUGUGGCUGCUCUGGUGAUAGUGAUAAACGGCUAUCUUUUGCUGGAAUUCUUUUCAUCUGAAGUGAACGGAGCAGUGAUCACCGCUGUUGUGAGCGUAAUAACAGCUGCUUAUGUUGCAUUCAUAAUUUACCUUAUUUCAAGCGCCGCUACUUUUCCAUCAUGGCAAAGUUUAACUCGAUCAAAGACAGUUACCACCACCACGGAGAGUUGA